AUACACAUGUCUCACUACCACUACAGCCUCAGCGGACAUCAGGUUGCUUGGCUCAGCUCAAGACCAGAGUGGGGAUAACCUCGCUGUUUGGAAAUCGCCGACAAACCCCGAAGAAGAAACAACACUAGAAAAAUGUCUUUGCACACGUGUGACUCUCUCCGAGUGAGUCCCUCAGUCCAUGGCAACAAAUUCGACACGGCCAACCGCAAGAAAGCCGUGUCUAACAUAUUUGAAAAUGUGAACCAGGACGCGCUGAUUAGGCUCUUCCAGAAGACAGGCGACAUGAAGGCGGAGGAGAGGGCGAAAAGCAUCUUCUCAUUCGCCCAAGAUCCCGAGGAAACGGCUAAAGCCCUGAUGGCGCUUAAACAAAGGAAAAAGAGCAAAUUCCUGCAGAUUGUGGGCUUGGUCAGGUAUUCACUGAAACUUCAUUGACUCUUUCACUUUGCUCUAUGGGAGCUAAACGAGGAAGAAAAAAAAGAUCGCUUGACUUGAAAUGUCAUGCGAAGUGAACAGUCCUUCAGCCGGCUCACAAAAGUAAGAGGCGAGGGAGAAACACCCUGGGAUGAAGUCUGAACUGUAACAUCUUGAAAUGCUACGUUACAGUAUGAGUGACUUCUCCGCAUUGCUACAGCUAAGGCGCAAGUCGACAACCUGCGCCCCUCGCCAGCCAAGGAGGAAAAAAAUGAGGAAGGAGACCUAAAAAGAAAGCUACAAAAAAGAGACAUUUGUACUGACGAAGUGAACCACACGGUUAAUUGCUGUGACUGUAUGCAUUUGUAUAAUGCUUGAACCGCAUUUGCACCUUAUAGGUGUAUGAAAAGCUUUUGCAGGUGCUCACAAUCCAGAUCGAGACCGAUUGAGCUGCAGAACCAAACGCCUGGUGAUGUGAGAAAAAAACUACUAUGUGACUGAGUCAGUGUGUAAAAUGUGUAAAACCACUACUUGUUCGUGGUCACUAAUUUAUAUGCCACAAAGUGCUGUGAUGAAAAUGGCUGUAUCGUCCUGAGGCUACUAUGUUAUUUGCUUAAUAAAUUAUUUUUAUUCUGAAUCA